AUGGCGGACUCACAGAGCCCCGAGGCUCGCGAGUUGAGCUUGAUAGGCAAGGUCGAAUUUAGGAUUGCCAUGGCAGACACAGAUGAGAAGCUACAGUCAUUACUUCAAACUUAUCUUGCCCCAUUGUUAUUGAAGCUGGGGUCGGAAAGUGUGGCAGUCCGUAACAAAAUCAUCUCGGUUUGCCAGCAUGUCAACGCCCGAGUGAAGGCCCCCUCUAUCCAGCUGCCCGUGGCAGCUCUGCUCAAACAAUUCAAGGAGCAAAAAUCUCAACUGAUCAGACAUUUUGAUCUCAUCUAUGCCCAACAAGGCAUUGACCGCCUUGGUUCCGAGGCCAGAGUCGACAUUCUAUUGCCUUUGCUCCAGGGUAUCUCGCAAAUCGGAACUUCACCCACCCAGGGUGCCAUCGUGUUUAACCUGGUACUUCGUUUGCUACCACUUCUGAAGCUACCACCCAAAGGUAGUGAAGAGGAUCGGGACUUGAAAAAGCGGCUUGGUCUCUCAGACGAUGAUUCCCAAUUCUUGUCGCUUUGGCUGGCCAAAUUGCUCCUUCUUACCCCUGGUCCCAAAGAGUCAACAACCUGCCCUGGUCUCUCUCCAGAUGAAUACACAUUUUUGAACAAAGGUGUUCCCGCAAACGAAACAUGGAAUCCGUCAGCAGACGGGGGUUUAAAUCUCACCGAAACCAAAGUCACCGCUCUUCGAUUCAUCGGCAGUGGUGCUUUCAAUGAUGCCCAAAGAUUUUUGCCCUCACUAAUCGCUUCUUCCGAUGCCAAUUCUCGCCUUGCUGAUCUAGGCGAUGAAACACUUAAGCGGUUUGCCGCCGAUAUUGAGAAUCCUACAGUCGUUGAGGAACUGUAUGGUCUCUAUUUUGGCACACCUGGAGCACCUCCUGCCAGACCUCCGCUUCAAGUUAAGCUCCUUACUUUCCUAGGAAAGUCUAUUAAAGCUACAGCUGAUCCACAGAGAAUCUUGAAACUCAUUGAAGAUGGGCUUCUUUCCGACUCUGCAAGGUCCUCUCAAGGCUUGCAAGCAUCCAAACUCAGAACUCAAAUCUUCACGUUCACCACAUGGGUUGUUCGUAUGGGCUCCCCUUCCGAUCUCGAACAAAUCGCACCAAAGCUUGUUGCAGGAUUGAGGGAUUUCAUUGAAUCUCAAGGAUGGCCUAGUCCUGCGGCUAGUGGAAACAAGUUACCCACAACAGAUCUCAGCUUGCGAGGUCUAGCCUACGAAAGCAUUGGUAUCAUGGUACCUAAGAUUGACUUCAAGAUGCAAGCAGAUGCCGUUGUGAACUUUGAGUUCGAUCUAGUUCGUUGGCUCUUUGCGUCCUUGAGUGCAGAUGAUUCCAGUCCUCAAAUCUUCGUCAGCAUUGAUCAAGCGCUCGGCAGUAUUCUUAACUCCUCAUUAGACAGCCAUGACAUCACUUUCCAAGAUCAACUGCGUCCAUUUUUGGUUCGUCAAAUGAGCUUGCAACCCGGCGAUGUUGACGUCCAAAGUGGUCACAUUGUCGUUAGAGGUGUUCAGUAUGCGGCGGUGCGGUUUGCGAACCGGUUCCUGCCCUUCGGCGAUGUGGUUGCCCGUUGGAUUGAUUUGAUGGCCGUCGCAAGAGGGCCGGAAAGGCAACAAGAGAUCUUCGAGGAAGGCAAGAAAGGCCUCCAUCCGUAUUGGUAUCGACUACUCAACCCGACAAAGGAUAAGACAUGGACUGGUCCUGCAGCGCAACAUGAUGAACGUUGGUUUGAUUUCCCCAAGUUCAGCGAGGCUACCCGCUUUCUGCUAGGGUCGGAAGAGCAAGAAAAACAGUCAAAUGCUCUGUCCUUAUCUGCGUCUGAGCUGUUGUCCGGUCCCUACAAGAAUUCUUUUGUACCUGCCAUUUCCUUCCUCCGCAACACACUGCUUUGGGAGGCCUUCUCUGCGGCGGGUAUUCCUGCAGAGCUCGAGCAGGAUUGGGACUAUAAGCUGGAAGUUCUUUUAUCUACCAGCGAAGAAGCGCGCGCAGCCGUGAGACAGUACACACGAAAGUCUGCAAAAGAGUCUGUCUUGGCGUUGUUGUCAGGGACUCUAGAAGGCCUUGUGACUGGUGGGCGACAAGGUUUACGGCAAUGCGGCCUUCAUUUUGUCGAAAUUUGCUCGCUGGCACCCAAUGAUGUUGUCGGGCAGUUGCUUUCGCGUGCGACCUCAUUGAUGGAGCCCAUUUCCAGUAACAACCAGGACAAUCAGGAUAUCACUGCACGUGCAUUUGGAAUCCUGGUUUCCCAUCCCGAGUUCCCCGAUAAUGAACUGCAAAAAUUCAUUACUGAGUUAACCGGUACCGUCAAAUCAUGGAACACUGCUGUUGGUGAAGGGAUCAUGCGAGUCCGCGGCGCCAUUUUAGCACUUGCAUAUCUGCUGAGCCGACUUGCGUACCGCGAUUUGGCGAGGAGAACACCAGAAACUCAAGUGAAAGAGUUCAUCGAGACUAUCUUCGAUAUUCUAGAUGUUUCCCGUGACACCCUCCUCCAGCGAACCGCGCAAGUGGCCAUCGGCCAGUUGAGUCUCUCCGGGGUUCUCACUCUGGACACUCUAGCCGAGGAAGGCUGGAAAAAAGUACAGGAAAAGCUCUCACGAGAUGCAAAGACUGAGAAUCAAAUUCCUAUCAGCGCAUUGGGAUUACUGAGCCUGACGUUCUCCCGAUCUGGGUCUGAUGGAAGCCUGUUCAAGGAAUUCCUGGGUUCGCUCUACAGUCUUCAUGAAAUCCGCAGCCCAGAGGUUCAGUUUACUGUAGGCGAGGCCCUCUGCAACGUCGCCGCUGGAUGGGACUCUCGGGCUCUGAUCCAAGACUUUGACAUUGAUGCAAAGUUCCCUAGCUCGGAUGUCCCCCGUUCGGUGUUUGCAGAGAUUUGUGAUAAGAUUAUCGCGGAUUGCAUUGCACCCAAGCCAUCUCUUCGGAAGGCGUCUGCAAUCUGGCUGUUGUCCUUAGUCAAGAACUGCGGCCACAUGGAGGAGAUGCAGGACCGCCUGCGCAAGUGCCAAGCUACCUUCAGUAGUCUUCUUGGAAACCGUGACGAGGUGGUGCAGGAGACUGGCGCGCACGGACUCAGCCUUGUCUAUGAAAUUGGCGACCAAUCGCUCAAGGAUGACCUGGUGCGAGAUCUGGUCGAGUCGUUCACUUCUACCGGCCCCAAUCUCGGGGGUGGCAACGUGACCGCUGACACGCAGCUAUUUGAGCCGGGCGCCCUGCCCACUGGUGAAGGGUCUUCUGUCAAUACCUAUAAGGAUAUCAUGAACCUGGCUGCCGAGGCUGGUGACCCGACUUUGGUUUACCGAUUCAUGUCACUGGCCUCUAAUAAUGCCAUUUGGACAAACCGUGCAGCAUUUGGCCGCUUUGGAAUCAGCACCAUAUUUUCCGACUCCAGCGUCGAUGGCUAUCUGGCUAACAACCCCAAGAUCUAUCCCAAGCUAUUCCGUUAUCGCUUUGACCCGAACCCAAAUGUGCAGCGAUCUAUGAACACUAUCUGGCAGGCACUGGUCAAGGAUCCCACAGUUGUGAUUGAUACCCACUUUGAUGAUAUCAUUCAGGAUCUUCUCAAAAGCGUCCUAGCUGGCCGAGAAUGGCGUGUUCGACAAGCCAGUUGUGCUGCCAUUGCAGAUCUGAUCCAAGGCCGUCGCCCAGAGAAAUUUGUUCAGUAUCUAGAUGAGAUUUACAGUAAAGCUUUCAAGCUACUCGAUGAUAUCAAGGAAUCAGUUCGGGCUACCGCUUUGAAGCUCUGUCAGACCAUUACCAAUUCGGUGAUCCGCACCCUUGAGACGAGUGGUACAGAGAAACGAGCUGCUACUCUACUGAAAAGUGCUAUCCCAUUCCUCUUGAGCGACAAAGGACUAGACUCUAGCGUUGAGGAAAUCCAAGGGUAUGCCAUUGGCGCUCUUAUACAAAUGAUCAAGAAAAGCCCAGGAUCGCUUCUGCGCCCACACGUGCCCAACAUGUUGGAGAAAUUCCUAACUGCUCUCAGCUCUCUGGAACCACAGGCCGUGAACUACGUCCAUCUCAACGCCGACAAGUAUGGUCUGACUGGUCAGGAGAUUGACAAAAUGCGCUUGUCUAGCAUCCGUACAUCUCCCAUGAUGGAAGUGAUUGAGCGGUAUCUGAUUGAUAACCUGGACGAUUCCAAUCUGGACGAGCUGGCGCAGCGACUCGAAGAUGUGCUUCGAUCGGCUGUGGGCCUGCCAUCCAAGGUCGGCUGCAGUCGAGUGCUGGUACUGCUGAGCAUGAAGACUCUCCAGUUCCGCCCGUACGCAGACAAAUUCAUCCAACUCCUGACCAAGUAUGUGGUGGAUCGAAAUGAUACUGUGAGCGCUUCUUACUGUUCAUCGAUGGGCUAUCUUCUACGACUUGCUUCCGACGAUCGUGUACUGAAGACCAUUGACUUUGCCAAAAAACUUUACUUGAAUGCAGAGGAUACCACGCCUCGCGUCAUCUCGGGCGAAAUCUUGUACUCGGCCUCUAAAUUAUCCAACGACCGGUUCAUGGCAUUCGCAGCGACUGCCUUGCCGUUUGUGUUUAUGUGCAAGCAUGACGGAGAUGAGCACGUGAAGGAGCAGUUUGAAAAAACCUGGUCCGACAACGUCGGUGGUUCUCGUGCGGUGACCCUCUACAUCCGCGAAAUCGUCGGCCUUGUUUCGGACAAUUUGGACUCCCCCAUGUGGGCCAUUAAACAUACAGCCGCACGCGCAAUUGCGCAAGCAAUUCAGUCACUUGACGCCGAAAUCGACCUCCCAACAGCCCAAUUAGUGUGGCCGGUGUUGGAAAGGGCACUAGCGGGAAAGACAUGGGAAGGUAAAGAAGCGGUGCUCCAGGCGCUAGUCAAGUUUAGCAGUCAAGCUCAGACAUUCUGGGAAGCGACAGAGUUGAGUAAUCUGAUGAAGACGAUUACGGUGCGCGAAGCGAAGCGCGCUAACGUUAUCUAUCGGCCGCAUGGCUUACGAGCAAUGGGCGAGAUCGCAUUGGUACGCAAGGACCUCGAUUUCAAGAGCGAUGCCAUGAAGAUAGUGCCCGGUGUAAUCGACGAAGUAGUGGAUGAGGACCAUAUGGAAAUUGACUCCAAGAACGGAACCCAGGACGACACCCUUGCGGCCUGUGUCCAAUGUCUGCUGCAGUGUCUCAACCCCACCGCCGGUUCGGGCCAAGUGUUGGGAGAGUACGUGGAACAGAUGACCGGUCUGCUGGACCGAGUCUUCCAACAUGGUGGACGACAGGUCAUCAGCACGGGCUACGACGAGCUCCGGGCGUUCUUUACGCGAGUGGAGACUUGGAUCUCGGAGUCAUCCGGUGAGAUACCGCAGGUUGCUGUUCUGGCUCAGCUCCUCACGGAGGAACGGGAUGGGUCUGUUGAGUCCAUCCGCAAGGGUCGUGCAGAGGCCAUUUUGGCGUACCUGAAACUGCCCCGAGUCCAAGUGCCUGACACGCUUCCGGCCGAACUCCGGAGGUGGAGGAACAGCGAACGGUCUGGAGGAGUUCAGCGAAUCCUCGACGAGGCCCUGGGCCUUGAACCACGUGGCUGA